CGGGUACCGGGAGGUGCCGGCGGGUGGGUGGUUCGGUGCCCUCCGGGAAGCCCUGGCUCGCUGCCCUCUCCUCACCCGGGCUCCUCGCCCGGGAAUGGCCGCGCCCGCCCUGGGCCGUUAACUGUCGGUGCUGUGAGGGAGGGCUGGCGGGAAGCUCCCUGCUUAGGUGCUCGUCGGUGAGGAGCGGCGGUGCUAGUUCUUUGGCAGCUGUAAAGAUGUGUCCCUGGAUGACCAUGAUUGGCAUAGCAAAGGAGGAGAGAAACGGCUGGAGGAUGCAAACAGGAGCUUCAAGUGCAACAUUUCCUGCUGAGUGAAGCUCAUCUUUUCAUUCCUUGAAGGGACUUCAGCACAGGAGGAAGAUGAAAGAUAGUGUUGCUGAAGAACAUUUAUAUUUGGAUUUUUCUCAUCAGUACGGAGAUAGUAUCUUUCCUCUUCAUACAUCUAUUUCACUGUUUUUACUAUCCUACUGUGACUGCAAAUUAUUCAAAAUUUUCUUGGUGCCAACUGGUGAAGAUGUGGAUGACCAGUUUGUGACAAAAAACCUCCUUGGUGAUCUUGAGUUCCAUUUAAUCUCCAGAUGUCAGCUUCCAGUGGUUGUGCAGAGCUGCUGUUUACCUGCUGUUGUUGUGAAAGAUGGCAAGUUCUGCCGAGCUGGGCUUUCUGUUGUCUUAAGGCAUAUAAUACAGAAAACAUAUGAGGCAGAUCAGUCUAAAAAGGAUGUUUUGGAACUCUUAGGCUUUAAGAAGACCUGCUUAAAAGCCUGUGCUGAAGUUAGUCAGUGGACCAGACUUUGUGAGAUCAGCAUACCUCUGGCUGUUGAAGGGUUUUUGACUGCAUCUCCUGAACGCUGUCAGACUAUUCCUCCGGACAUUUUACAGCUUGAAAGGAAGCUGGGAGAACCUGUCCGAGUACAUAAUGAUGAUAAAAUUCGAAGGCAAAAGCUUCAACAACAGAAGGCAGGUGCCAAGGCUGCAGUGCCUGUACUUGGUAAAGAAGCAACAGAGGAAGAAAAAACAGUGGAAAUGCAUGAACAUCCACUUCCAAGUUUGGAACUGAGCAUAGCUUUCUCCAAGCUGCUUGUCCAGGACGUAUCAGAUGCAGUCAACAGGGAGGCCCCUUGCAUCAGGAGAACAAAAACCUCUGACCUUCCACUUUUGGACCACGUUUUUGCAGAAGGGCUUUAUUUUACCAUGGCAGAUAUAGUGCUUUUGCCAUGCAUCCAUCAAUUCUUGGUGCCAGCAAAACAGCUGUCAGUGGAUGAGCUUUUAAGGGCUGCAGGGUGCCUGUGGGAAAGAAGAGCAUUUCAGGUUUCCAGCAAAAAACAAGGCAAAAAUCUGGUAAAUUUGCCUCUGAUAUCCCGUUGGUAUCGAAGAGUUCAAGAAGUACCUGGAAUAAAGAAAGCUGCUGCCAAAUGCAAUAUGAAGCUUCUCCAGCUUCCAGAGUUGAUGUCUGGUCCAGAGGAACAGCUACAAGACUUUUCUUCAGUUCCUGAUGAAUUAGAAGAGGAGAAUGAACACAGUCAUUUUAUGGGUGGUCCAAGGCCAACUAUGACUAAGUUAUUGGAAAAUGGCAUUGAAGCAAAGUUUUCUCCUCAUCCAUGCCCCACCUGGACCCUAGACUGGACCAAUCUACCAUCUGCAGUCAACCCUGGAGAAGGGAAGAUGUCUAGAGACCGGGCUCUGAGGAAGCAGCAGCAAUUGAAUAAUUUGGUAGCAGCAGUGACAAAGCUUGCUAAGCCUGGAGAUGUGAUUGUGGAUUUUUGCAGUGGAGGGGGCCAUGUUGGUAUUGUUCUUGCUCACAUGAUGCCAUCAUGUCAGGUGGUGCUCAUAGAAAAUAAGGAGUUAUCUCUGAUCCGUGCUAAAGACAGAAGUGAUGAACUAGGUUUAAACAACAUUUGGUUCAUUCAAGCAAAUUUGGACUAUUUUAAUGGGACUUUUAACAUUGGGGUGGCUCUGCAUGCAUGUGGUGUGGCAACAGACAUGGUGAUCGAACACUGCGUCAGGGCACGGGCAGCAUUUGUCGUCUCCCCUUGUUGUUAUGGCUUCAUUCAAAACACAGUGAAGUUUAAAUACCCACGAAGUCAUCAGUUCAAAGAAAUUUUGUCCUACAAGGAGCACAUGAUCCUUUGCAGAUUUGCAGAUCAGACAGCUGUUCAGCUUCCACCUGAACGCAGGCUAAUUGGAAAGCAGUGUAUGGGGCUCGUGGAUCUGGAUCGGGCGUGGGCUGCAGAAGAACAUAACUACUCUGUCCAAGUUAUAUCUAUGGAGCCAGAGAGUUGUUCUCCAAAGAACAAUAUGUUUGUGGGUAUCCCUACUUAGAGUGUGAAACUUGCAUUUGAUUUGAAUUUGAACAUAAAUCUUCAGUGCAUAACGACAUCCAGCAGAUACAAGCAUAGCUGGGAACCAGACGUCACACAUCUUGAACCCAUUGCAUUCGGAAAAGGAAGCAGCAUAAAAAGGCUUAGAAGGUGAACUGCAUGCAAAGCAUCACAAACUGUACUUUUAAUGUGCCAUUAAGCAACUUUUGGUUCUCUUACUGAGAAGUUUCUGGUUCUAACGACUGUGCAUGGAAUCACAGCCAUCUGUAAAGGUUUAGAAAAACGUUGCUCUCAUUGGAAGGAAGGUGAUUUCCUUUUUACUAAAGCUGUCUUGUCUGCUUCAAAAUCACAUUCAUGGUCAAAACUGUGUUUGUGUUCAUAAGCAGAGCAGUUACAGCCAAUAAUAUGGAUCAUUAGAGAAACAGAAAAGGUAAAAUUUAUGGUGUCGGUGAAGAAGGCUGUGCAACAGAUAGGGGCUUGACUUUGCUAAAGAAUUCUGUACUACUGUAGGAAGAUUAUUUUAAUAAAAGUUCAUCAGAAUA